GAUCUUUUGACAAAAUGGCAAUUCUUGUAUGUGAAAGCGGAGACGUUGAAGAUGCAAAGUUGAAGCAAGUUCUCAUGAUGGGACAACUCAUUACAAUGCUAUGCACAACAAUACAAGCAGCCUGCCAAGAUGAAGGUGAGAGACAGCCAACCAUUAAUAUAAAAAACAUAAAUUGAGGGAAGGGAUGAAACAUCUCAAAUGGAACAACAGCAAAGCGACGGUUUAUGUUAUCAGGUCUCAAAACUCAGUGGGAUAUUCUAACAGAAUGUUCCUUUAUGCUUUUUUCUAGUCUUUGUAAUCUUCACUUAGUCUUUAUCUACAUCUAAAUGAUUUAACUAUAAGUAGCAAGUGAUUGAGCUACAAGUUUUCACAAACAACAACAAUAGAAAAGAACAGACAACAAACAUGCAAUACGAGUACGAGAAUUAUGAUCCAUCCUUUCCCGACCAACCUGUGGUUGACCAAUACCUCCCAGUUUGGGCCAGGUUACCUUCUUUCAAGUCGAAACCAGCUUUCAUUUGGGCCGAAGAUUACUCGAACACCAUUUCCACUACCCACCUUACCUAUGAAGAACUCAAUACCUCAGUAGAUACAAUCUCAACUCAGCUACUAUUUCCACUUCAAAGAGAUGACACUGUCCUUAUUCUUUGCUCUCCGGGACUCGACCUUGUUAAGGUCAUUUUCGGUUGUCAAAGAGCUGGUCUUUUAACUGUCCCUAUAGUCCCUCCUCACCCUUCUUUCACCAAUGAAAAAAACUACCAUCACCUUAUUAGGGUCAUCUCACAAACUAAACCAAAAGCUGCCAUAGCUCACCCCAAUUACAUUUCAUCCAUUCAUCACUACAUCACUUCAUCCCACAAUAAUAAACUGGCUCAGAUGUUACAAACACUCCUAUGGAUUUCCACAGAUGACCUCAAAAACAGUAACAGACAUUCAAAUUCAAAUUCAUACAAUGGUCGUAAACCGGACGAGGUUUACUUGGUUCAAUACACAUCAGGUGCAACUGGAAUACCAAAACCGGUUCUCGUUACAACAGGUUCAGCAGCUCAUAACGUUAGAACAGCAAGAAAAGCCUACGAUCUUCAUCCAAACAGUACUAUCGUUUCGUGGCUACCUCAAUACCAUGAUUGUGGUCUAAUGUUUCUGUUACUCACAAUCGUAUCAGGUGCAACGUGUGUUCUCACUUCUCCAACAUCGUUCAUCAAACGACCGAGAAUCUGGCUUGAGUUAAUGUCGAAAUUCAAUGCUACAUGCACUCCUGUUCCUUCGUUCACAUUACCACUUGUUGUCAAACGCGGAGGAAUUCAAAAAGGAACGUUACCUAUUAAUCUAUCAAAUCUUAACAACCUUAUACUCAUCAAUGAACCUAUUUACAAUGACUCAGUGGUUGAAUUUGUUCACACUUUUUCGCCAUUCGGGUUAAGAGCUUUGUCCGUUUCACCUUCUUAUGGAUUAGCAGAGAAUUGUACUUUUGUUUCUACUGCAUGGAGGGAUCAUAAUAUAGAAGCCUACUCUAGCUUCUCACAUUUUCCAACUCACAAAAAGCUUUUACCAGUUGCGAGGCUCGAGGAACAAGAAGACAUGGAAAUCAUGGUUGUUAACGAAGAAACACUCGAGCCUGUUGAAGAUGGUGUUGAAGGAGAAAUUUGGGUUUCAUCUCCAAGUAACUGUUUUGGUUACCUUGGUCACCCUUCUUUAACAAGAGAAGUUUUUCAUGCAAGAAUCAGAAACAAAGUUCGUAGGUGUUUCCUACGAACGGGUGACAAAGGAAUAGUGAAAGGCGAAAAAAGAUAUCUCUAUGUUACUGGUAGAAUUCAAGAUACUAUAAAGCUUCAAAAUGGUGAAAAGAUUCAACCACAUUACAUAGAGACUGCAGUUUUCAACAGUUUUCCGAAGCUACUACGAGGAGGUUGUGUUGCAGCAUUUAAAGUUUUAGCGACGGUUGUAAUUGUCGCGGAGAUGCAAAGAGUCGAAAAAGAUGUGGAUGAGGGGAUUCUAAGGAGUGUUUGUGAAGGAAUUAAAGAAAGUGUUUUGAAAAAAGAAUGUGUUGAAGUUGGAUGGGUGGUUUUGGUUAAGAGUGAAUGUGUUCCGAAAACUACUUCGGGGAAAUUACAAAGAUGGGCUGCUAAAGAGAAGCUUCUAGAAGGAAAAAUGAAAAUUAUGAUGGAGAUGCGGUUUGGAAAAGAUGUUGCGAGGAUAAAACACGAUGUAGCGAAAAAAUCGGAGGUGGAAAAGAAAGAUGAUCGUGUAAAUGGUUUAGGUUUUGGUGCAGAAACUCGUAGCUCAUUGAUCUCACAUCUAUGAGAAUAGAGUACACAGCUAUAAUACAUAACCCGAAGAGUUGGCAUGUUGGUGAAGGCUUCAGUCCUUAUAGUGUGAUCCUCUCAAACUAUCAGGUUCGAAGCCUGCUAGAUGCUAACGAUUGAUACGUAAUACAUUGCAGUAUA